AUGAAAAGACUAUUUGGAAGACAUUCAAGAGCAAACUCAAGUCAUGGCACGAGUAAUCCUUCUUCUUCUUCUUCUUCAGUGACAAGUUCUCAUGUAAAGCCAGUUGUGGAUAGAAGAUUCAGUGCUCCUACUUAUGCUACGGAAUUACUUCAUUCUAAUAGUUCCAGUUCAGCCCCAUCAUCGGGUUCUUCUUCUUCUUCGAGAUAUUCAAGUGGUGAAAGUGCUGUGAUUGAUGAUGAUGAUAGUAUCUCUCCUCAAACUUCAAUGGAUAAUGAGUCAGUGGCAUUAUCUGAAACUGAUACUUUAUAUUAUGAUAAACGUCAUAGACUUGAAUUACAAGAGACAUAUAAUGAUAAUUUCACGUUAUAUCUUCCCUUUAUCAUUCGACAGAUGAGAAUUGAAUCUCAAAGACUUAAUACUGCUAUUCAUCAAUCACUUCAUACAGAAUACGAUACUACUGAUUCAACCACAAGAUCUUCUACACCUCAUGAAUCGGAUAACUCGGCGCAAAAUAGAUAUCAUACCAAUCCAUUGUAUGAUUUAGAUGAUUUAGAUGAUGAUUUACCCACUAUUAUAGAUGAAUCAAUCACGGUAGAUCCGUCAGUUGCUAAUAAUUUAAUCUUAAAUAAAUCAACAUCAAAAUUCAAUUUAAAAAGAGAUGUUAUAGUAGUAACUGAAUUCAUGAAAAAUAAUACUUAUGUAUUCACUAGUAAUGCAUCAUUUGAAUUAUUUAAAAGUUUAAGAUCGAAUAUAAAGAAAGAUCGUAAGAAUCUGGUUAUUGUUUAUGAUAAAGGGGGUAGUAUACGGCGAUUAUCCAAUGUUAAACGAGAAGAUUUCAAUACCAAUGAUCGAACAUCGAUAUCGGCCAAUAAAGAAUACAUUAUUGAUGAUCGACAACAUAUUGUACCUUUAAAUUAUAAAGUUAAAGGAUUAGGAUUACCCUUAUUCAAAAUUCAAGUUCCAUAUAUGUCAACCUUCAAAAAGAAUGCUCCAUUUAUGAUAUUUAAAAAAUAUCGAGAAAUCCCCACUCAACCACUUAAACAAGAUUAUGAGAAUGGAAGAUCAUCAUCAUCACUGAAGCAUGCGGAUAAGGAGAAAGAUGAAUCAGAUAAUUAUGAAUCUUAUAAUUUCUGUACCAUUUAUUCUAAAUUCUUUCAACGAGUUCGACGAUUCAUAUUUCAUUUCAAAUAUAUUAAUAAACAUAAUCAAGUGGAAGAAUUCAAAGUGAUAAUGUUUUUAAAUAAUUAUAAACCUUAUGCUGAUUUCAAUUAUAGAAAUACUCGAUUUAGAAUCAUCGGUCCUGCUAUUCCUAGUGGAUACAUUAUGAAUUAUAAUCCUCAUUUACGAUUAUUAAUCAUUGAUGAUGAUAAACCUUCCUUAUGUGAUAAUUUGAUUAAUAAAAAACCAGGAUUUGAAAUCCUGAAAAUGAUUAAAAGAAGCAGUAGUAAUGGAAGUACCAAUGAGGAUUCAGUUGAUACUAAUGAUAUUGUUGUUAUUGGAUCUACCACUUAUACCAAUGCAUAUCCUAAUCCUAAUCUGGCAUUGAUGCAAGAUUCACCAUUCUUGAAUACAGGAGUGGAACAGAAACAUUCCUAUAUCAGUGAUAAAUUACCUCCAUUUGGAGCUUUUAAAGAUGCCUUACUUUAUCUUCGAGAACCAUCAAAUAUCUUACCCAAGAAGUAUUCUGAAGCAGGGAAGAUUCAAGUUUAUCAAGAUAAUCUGGCUAUAAGAGAUCAUGAUAAUCUCGAUAGUACCUUAUCAUUUGAUGUAGAUUCAAUGGUGUUGACAUGUGUAUUAUGUACACUUCGAGAAGUAUCGAUUCGAAAUUCAAAUAAAGCUCCAAAUAGUAAUCUUGGAGUAGUAGGUAGAUUUGGAGCUUUCCCAGUUCAAAGUCCUGGAGUUACUGCAUUUGGAUUUGCAGCUGGAUUAUAG